AAUUUAUUUAUUUAGUAGUACAUACUACUACUAGUACUACAUACCCUGUACAACUCUAUCAGAUUGGCUUUCACUUCCAUGACCACCACCAAACCAAACCAAAACACUCAUAAAACUCUGGCAUAGGAAGACAUUCCUCAUCGCCACCAUGGAGUUUGUAGAGGGUUCUUCUUCUACUGAUGUAGUGCAUCCCGAGGUUCGGGCGCACAUCAACAGUCUCGUCUCCGCUCUCGGUGGCUUUAGUGCUGACGAUGAAGGAAGAUAUGUGCUUGGAGACUCUGCCUCUGAAGUUCUUAGGGAUAUUAAAAAAUGGAUUCGAUUCUACGACGAGAAGACGAACCGCAUGGACGUUGCGCGAUGCUUGGCCGAAGCGAAUAUAGUCGAAGGCGAUCUAUUACACAUCCUCGCCUCUUGGCCCGAAAAUGCCACCGACAAUAAAUUCAAGGCGAGAGCUGCCUUGUCUUGCUUCGAGAUUAUGGUGCCCCUAACUUGGCCAUUGGAACGCGAACUCGACCAGAUGACCGUCAAUCAUCAUCGACAUCUUCCCGUGCUACAGCUCGCCCAGCUUGGUUAUAAGCGUGCGAUUAUCAACUUCGAUGCCGCCCAGAUACUCCACACCGCCGUCCGAGUUGCAUUGCCUUCCAUGGCUCUGUCCCGCAGCGACCGAUCUACACGCGACGAUGGAAUUAUCAAGCUCGUCUUACUAUUUCUACGAAAUAUAGCCAUGAUCUCACCACCCCCUGGCAUCAAGUACGAAGACGAUGAAUCUCAGAUCUCGCGCUCGGCCCUAAUAGACGCCUAUUCUUACCAAGAUAUCCUUCUCACCAUCCUAACAGUAGCCUCGAACAUGGGAGAAGACUUUAAUCAGGAGGGCGUUAUUAUAAUGGAGAUCAUUUUCCACUUGGUCAAGCGUGUUGAUGUCAAUAAGCUAUUCAUGGAUGAAAAACAGCUUAGCAAGACCAAAUCGAAUGAACUUGCGACCAUGAUGAGCAAAGAAGCGGCAAUGCAUCGAUCUUACAAUCGCAAAGCUCCGUCCAGACAUAAUCGGUGGGGCACCAUGAUCUGGGUGGAUCGAGGCGACGGGAAGGUUUCAACAGUUACGGGACAGGAUGCUUUGCUUGAUGCGGCAACCAGACAACACAAGAUGGACAAUAGUAAAGUAUAUCGGCCGCCGCGAAGGCCUAGGAAAGACGAGAUGGAGCCAAAGGAUCUGGGACCGCCGGUGUCAUUAAAUACAAGGGCACGCCAACAACUAAAGGAUUUCGUGGAAGAAUUUUUAGAUUCUGGCUUCAAUCCCCUUUUCCAACACGUGAGGAAGAAGCUCGACGAACAGAAGGAGUAUGUCUUCGAGUACCAUUCACGCCAAUUCUUCUAUCUAGUUGCAUGGUUUCUAGAAGCCGAAAGAGCAAGGAAGAUGGCGGCAAAAAAUCGCAAGUCAACUAGCACAGAGGAAGUUAGUUCCUUCAACCUUGUAGCUGGUGUUCUCAAUCAACAGACGUUCAUCACCUUGAAUAGGGCAAUUGGCGACUCCAUGGAGAGCAAGCGUUGGCAAGAGCUAUGUGCUGCGAUGCGUUGCUUCACACAGAUUUUACUGACUGUUCAGGAGAUGUCAGAAUCUGGAAAUGAAGAGGACGAAGAGAUUGCAGAGAAUAUUCUCAGCCGUAUAUUCUACGAAGAGGAGACGCAUGACAGGAUCGCGAAUAUUGCGAAGACCUACAAAGAUCAGGGGUUCGAAUAUCUCGAUGCGUGCACCGAGCUUACGCAUACUUAUCUCCGCGUUCUGGAAGCAUUCUCAAAACAGAAUGUGGAUAUGCAAGUGCGGUCACGACGAAGAGUGCGAAAGAAGAAGAAGGCUGCCAAGGCUUCCGGGGAGGAUGAAGAGAACCCUGUGGUGGAAGAGGAAGAUGACUCUGAGAAUGACCAGGCGAGCGCGGAGCGAACAUCCAGCGAACGAAAGUUCGACUUCAACCGAUUCGUAGCUCGAUUCACUCCCCAAGGUGUAGUUGAUACAUUCGUCCAAUUCACGAAAUACUACAAGGAUUUGGACGAAUCUCAGCUGAAGCGAGCGCAUCGUUACUUUUACCGGAUAGCCUUCAAACAGAAUAUGAGUGUGAUGCUCUUCCGGGUUGACAUCAUCCAACUCCUUUAUAGUAUGAUAAAAGGCCAAGAGCCGCUGGACAAGAGUUCAACAAUGUACAAGGAAUGGGAGGAGCUGGUAAAACAGAUCCUCAAGAAGUGCAUCCGCAAGGUGGAGGAACGACCUCAGUUGAUAAUAGAGAUGCUCUUCUCAAAAAUUAACGCAACAGCGCAUUAUCUGGAGUACGGCUACGAGAAACAGACCCUAUCAGCAUCCCAACUCAAACCAGCGGCCGAAUUGGAGUUUCGCCAUAUUGAAGAACAUGAUAAACAAAUCGCGAUCGUGGUUAGUGCUUUGCUAGACAAGAACCUAGCUGAUCACGUCAAAUGGGUCAAGGGCCAGCUAUCCCAGGCAGAGACGGAGAGGAGGACGUGGGAGGCAAUGGAAAAAGCCAUACCCUCAGUGGAAGCUGGCGUGAGCGAAGAGAAUGAGGCCGAACAACCAAACACGGAGAAACCUGUCAAGGAACCACCGCAUAUUUCUGUUCGACCCGACAACGAUGCCCGUCGCACUGCCAUGUUCAAAAACUCUCACCUUCGACUUCUUAUGAAGCUGGUCGGGUUUGAACGCCUCGUUCCAUCCGUUGACGAGACACCCGAAUCUGCCUGGAUCAUCCCACCGCCUUUGACCGCUGACCAACUCAAGGAAUCCCUCGACUUAAUUAACCAGGCGGAGUUUAAUCCGCCCACCUUUGAGGACGGCAAGUUAGCAGAGGAUCAAUUAAGAAGGAAGGCCGCGCCACGCAAGAAGGCUGUCUUUGACGAUGACGAUGGGGUCGAUAACGAUGAUGAUGAGAUUCUGUUCCCCGCGGGUGGCCCCACAGCGCGAAAGGUAGCAGACGACUUCCUGGACAAGCCAAAGAAGACGCGCCGGCGACGACGCCGUGGUAGCGAUGCCGAGGAGCCCACCGAGGAGCAACUCGAGGAUAAGGCGAGGGCCCGCAAGGAGCGGGAGAAGGCCAAGGCAAAGAGAUUCAAGAGCGACCUCUUCGUGCAUGCGAGCGAUGAUGAAUCGGAUGACGGGGAACGGUGGGCGGAGUUUUACGCCAACGAGGAGAAGCUCCGCCAACAGCAGAGCGCGGUUGCGGCUGAUAAAGCGACGGGAAUUACGAUAUCGGCCGCGCCUAAACUGGUCGAGAAGCGCAAAGCCCAGGUGUUGCUGGCGGAUGAUAGUGAUAGUGACAAUGAUGAUGAUCUCAUCUUGCCGCAGGAGUCUGACGAUGAUGAUACCAGUCGGCCGAAUGCGAAGAAGAAGAAGAAGAACAUUGGGUUUGCGGAAGAGGAUAGCGCGUCUGACUCCGAUGACAUGCCCCCGUCGUCUAGUCCCCGCACGGGCUCGGCACCGGGCGCUAAGCGAAGACGGUUAUCUAAAGAACUGUCGGCUCCGGCUGAUGGCGAUGGCGAUGAGGAGAUGAAAGAUGCUGAUGCUGAUGCUGAUGCGGAUGCUGAUAACGACGACGAUGAAGACGAAGAUCUGCCCGCUUCUAAGCCAUCUACCAGGCGGCGUAGAGCGGGGUUUUUGGUUGAUAGCAGUGAUGAGGAGUAAUGAAUACCCUGGGUAUAUAUCUAGGUAGACAGAUAGGUUUCUGCCUAGGGGUGCUGGGUACUGGGCUGAUUUGGGAUGGUUGCAUGGUCUCGGCGUUUAUCAUACCUACCUGCCAUCUUCAGGGUAUGGGGAAAUGAAGGUCUUGGGUGUUGCAUAGGACUGGCGGGAUGAAUUUUUAUGUUUACAGUACAUAGGUAUGUAUAUGUAUUAGGCAUUUACGUAGCCCUGGAGUGCUAUAUAUAAAAUACCAAGCCUACCUAGGUAUCUAGGCACAUAAGGUACUUUUUUCGAUUAUGGAGCGAGGUUUAUGGGGAGGCUCUGUUAUGCAUCAUGGUGUGUACAUUAAGACCAUCACAAGGAGUGAGAAAACA